AUGACUAUAGCAGUACCUGGACUCUUGGACCAUUGCCAAUCACCUCCAGCAAGACAGCGGUUGGUGCGAACACUCAAACCGUUCUACAAACGAAAUAAGAAACAAUUCAUGUUUGCGUACAAUGACGACAGCCCAAUAGGCAAAGCGAAAUCCUACAGGGGACACAGUAAAGGCGUUGUGGUAUUUGACGAUGAAACUGGCUUCUGGAUGAUUCAUAGCGUGCCCAACUUUCCACCGUUAGGGUCGUACUCCUAUCCGGAAUCCGGUAUGAAGUUCGGACAAAUAUUCUUGUGUCUUAGUCUCUCUACGGAAUUCCUUGAGGACAUCGGCGAUCAUCUGCGAUAUGUCCAAGCAACACCGUUCUUUUCAAACUUACCACGCAAAUUCAGUAAAAGAUUCCCCAUUCUUGUGAGCAUCGUCAAAAAGCAGUCUCUACCAAAGUCGGCCAAGCAGUUCGCACGGGUAGGCCAACUCAGCACUAUUCAGGACCUCUGGUUGGAUUUGGUAGCUCCGGAACUCGAUACAAGUCUGGAUGUGGAAAGCUGGUUGAAUGGCGCCGCUGACGAUUUGGAUAGUACGUGUACGAGAAGAACGAGUAUAUAUGAUGUGUCCGCAGUUAACCUACCGGACGUUUCAUUCGACAGUUCACGAGAUCACUCCAAAUGGGCUGUGGCAGACAAAGGCGGUCGAAAGUCGAUUGUAUGUGUCGGGGAUCUGAAACCGACAGGUGCCAGUUGUUAUCCUUUCAUUCAGUGA